GAUCAGCACUUGUGAAGAUGUAUUCUGAUGAGAUCAUCGAUGGAGUGGGAGGAAUGUCCAAGUUCCAGUUCCUGAUACUAUUUCUGUUUAUGGGACCAAGACUGGUCACGUCCUGGGGAAUGUUGAUGAUGUCUUUCGCUGGGGUGACACCGCAACUGUGGUGGUGUGUGAACGAAAUGACCAGCGGCGCCAGUAAUUACACAGGAUUGAAGCAGUGCUCAGUUGGUGACAAUGGCACUUCGUGUUCUUUUGUGUACAGCACGGAGAAAAACACAGUUGUAAAUGAGUGGGACUUUGUCUGCGACAGAGCAGGAAUCAGGCUGUUCAUUACGUCUGUACAAAUGGGAGGUGUGUUGGUAGGAGCCCUCUUAAGCGGACAGUCUGCUGAUGUUAUUGGCAGAAAGAAGACCUUUUACAUCGCUCUGUUGUUACACGGAGGAUUCAACUUGGUGGCUGCAUUUUCAGUAUCAUGGCAGAUGUUUAUUGUGCUAAGGUUUCUUAUUGGAGCAAUGGUUGGUUCAAACUUAGUGGUGAGUUAUCCCUAUGCCAUGGAGUUCAUAGGAAGGAGUUGGCGCCAGGUAACAUCUGCAUGUCCGACCUGGCAAAUUGGAUCGGCCCUGUUUGCAAUGUCGUGUUGGCUACGUCCGGACUGUGUUGCACCAGAAAGUUUGCGGUGGCUUGCAGUUCAUGGUAAGCUGGAGGAUGCAGAGAAGGUGGUAGAUCAGAUGGCUCGGUACAACAACAGAGAGAAGCCAGCCAACACUGCCAUUCUCCUGAAGAAACUAUCAGAAGUGGAAAAGAAAGGGCAGGAAUCGGAUCACAAAUAUAACUAUCUUGACAUCUAUCGUCACUGGAAUAUUUGCUGGAAAUCCCUGGUUAUUCAGGUGAUCUGGUGA